CGGGGUGUGGGCCUGGGCUCCCUUUCCGCGCAGGCUGCACCUCAGGGCUCUUCGCGACCCCUUUGUGGUCUCCCAGCCUAGACGGUUCUGUAAUUUUUCGUCUCGCGCGAACACCUAGCCCGCCAGGUCCGAGGCCCGAAGGCGAACCUGGUCGGUGCACCGAGGCCAUGCAGACGGGGAAGAAGGGGCGAGAAGUCACCUUUAACUCCGCUCUGUUGCAGAGGCCGCCCGCUCCUCCCAUCAGCAAACUUUGGUUUCCCAUAAGUUGCAGAGCACUGGAGCACUUGGCCCCUGCUGCCCUGGAUGCCAUGAGUUGCUAAAAGUCAGCCUGCCUGAGAAGCUGCCUUGGGGUGUGGUGUGGGGGGCCCAGCGCCAUGUCGGACCUGCUACUACUAGGCCUUAUUGGGGGCCUGACUCUACUACUGUUGCUGACCCUGCUGGCCUUUGCCGGGUACUCAGGCCUGUUGACUGGGGUGGCAGUGAGUGCUGGCUCGCCCCUCAUCCGCAACAUCACUGUGGCCUACAAGUUCCAUGUGGGGCCCUAUAACGACACCGGGCAGCUUUUCACUGAGAGCUGCUGCAUCUCCCCCAAGCUCCGCUCCAUUGCUGUCUAUUAUGACAACCCUCACACGGUGCCCCCCGAGAAGUGCCGCUGUGCAGUGGGCAGUAUCUUGAGUGAAGGUGAAGAGUCGCCUUCACCUGAACUGAUCCAGCUCUACCAGAAAUUUGGCUUUAAGAUAUUUUCCUUCCCGGCACCCAGCCAUGUGGUAAUAGCAACCUUCCCUUACACCACUGCCCUGUCCAUCUGGCUGGCUGUCCGCCGGGUCCAUCCUGCCUUGGACACCUAUAUCAAGGAACGGAAGCUGUGUGCUCACCCUCGGCUAGAGAUCUACCAGCAAGACCAGAUCCAUUUCAUGUGUCCACUGGCACGGCAGGGAGACUUCUAUGUGCCAGAGGUGAAGGAGACAGAGUGGAAAUGCCGGGGUCUUGUGGAGGCCAGUGAUACCCAAGUGGAUGGUACAGGAGCUGACACGAUGAGUGACACGAGUUCUGUAAGCCUGGAGGUGAGCCCUGGCAGCCGGGAGACUUCAGCCACCACGCUGUCCCCUGGGGCAGGCGGCCGAGGCUGGGAUGACAGUGAUAACCGCAGCGAGCACAGUUACAGCGAGUCAGGCGCCAGCGGCUCCUCCUUUGAGGAGCUCGAUCUGGAGGGAGAGGGGCCUGUUGGGGAGCCCCGACUGGAACCUGAGGCCAAACCACUGGGGGCCACUUCAGGACCUCAGAACCUCUGAGAAGGGUGAGGUGCAGGCUGUGACCUGCACCCUCCUGUGGUACAGUAGUUAUGGAACUGGGCAAGCUCUGUAGCCCUCUUCUCCUUUCCUUUCCCAGACUGGUCUGGGGGUCUGUGGGGGUCUCACCUCUCCCACCCCAGGCCUCUAGAGUAGCCUUUUCCUCAUUGCCCUUUUGGCUUACGGGGCCAAAGGAGCCAGGGACUGUUAUUUGUAUCAGCCACCACCAUUGUCUUUAUUCAGUCUCACAUUGGAGCUUCCAGAAUCCAGAAUAAAACAAAUGAUUUUCUUGUUUCA